GAUUUGCAGAAAUACGUGGCGCUCAGUACCAAGUGCAAAAUUAGAUCUACUGACAAGACUGCGCCACAAAGAACCCAAGAAAGAAAAUGAUGAUGAACGUCUUGGUGGCAUUCCUAUUACUGAAUCUCCACUAUGUUAUGCCAAUGGUUAUCAACAAAUCAGAAAGAGAUUUCACAUCUGUUAAUCCAACUUCCAUCUUUGACAAAACGGGUGGAGAUUUAACAGUUACCAAAAAAGUCUUUUUUGAUGUAAAAAUUGGAGGGAAAGAUGCUGGACGAAUGGUGAUUGGACUCUUUGGAGAAGCCGUACCAAAGACUGCUGAAAACUUUGCACAGCUUGCCACUGGAGUUCAAGGAUAUGGCUACGAAGGAAGCAAAUUCCACAGAGUCAUCAAGGACUUCAUGAUUCAAGGUGGAGACUUUGAUAAAGCCGAUGGAUCCGGAAGCAAAAGUAUCUAUGGCAAAUAUUUCCCUGACGAGAACUUCAAGAUCAACCACCAUGGAUCAGGAUGGCUGAGCAUGGCCAAUGCUGGACCAGAUACCAAUGGUUCCCAGUUUUUCAUCACUUGCAUCAAGACCCCCUGGUUGGAUGGUAAACAUACCGUCUUUGGCAAGGUUCUGGAAGGAAUGAAGGUAGUGCGCCUUAUUGAGGCCUCGCCCACAGACGCCAUGGAUCAUCCCACCGAGGAUGUCAUCAUUGCCAAAAGUGGAGAAUUGCCCUUAGAUAAGCCGUUUGAUGCUACACCCACUGACGCUACCGAGUAAAUUAGGCACUGCCUAAGUCUGCCUUGUUAGCUUUUUAAAAACUGGUCAUCGCAUUCUGUGUGCCAGUAUUGGUUCAUGUAUAGUUUAUGCAAAUUUCAGUGAGAUUAAUUAGUGAUUUUUUCAGUUCAAUGUUACCAAAUUUACCUUAAUAUAUAUAUAGGCUGAUGUUACCCAGGAACGACUGGUUUGAGAUGGAAAUUUAGAAUGGGGAAAAAAACCACCAAAAUUUGAAUUAAUGAUGAAGUAAAAUUAAUAUAUUUUUGAUAGAGUGUAAAUGUGAUUGAAAUACUGUACUUGAAAAGAAUUGUAUACAUAUCAGUAUUAUGAUGACACCAUGAUGAUUUGAACCCUAUGCAAUUGAUAUCAUUCAUUCAGAUAUACCCACCAGAUGUUAUUUUUUUGUUUUAAAAGGGAGGAGAAGGUUUGGGGAAUUUUAUUUUUAAAGGAUAGGGCUAUUUUUCAAGGUGGAAAACCUUAUUGAUAACAUUCUUGCCAAAUAAAUACAUUCUCAGGUGCGAGUUCGAGUGUGAGUGUAUUACACAAUGUGCCUUAAAUAAUAGAUGUAUAAUGCAUUUAAGUUCAAGAAGGAGAGAAUGAGAGACAGGACUUGUUACUUAAAUUUACAGUGCAUUCGUUAACUUUUUCUCUUUUUUAUUAUUGAAAUAAUUUCUAUUGAAAUCCAUGUGCCAAAUUUGUUAUACACUUUAUAUAUCAAAUUUUUUCUAAGGUUUAUUUUGCAAUUUUGUAUUGAAUUAAAUGCUGAAUCUCUAAAAUAAAAGGAAAGAUAAAACGGGA